AUGCUCCGACAACUGGUGAAACAGACCCGUGUGGGUUGUAUGGCGACCCGAGGCUACGCCAACACCGCGGCACUCGCCCAUGAAGAGCGGCUCAAGCACCUCAACUUCCUGUCGCAGUACUACGACGCCGAGACGGUCGAGUCGAUUCUCAAGGCCGAGGCUGCCAUCAAGCCUGAAGAGUGGGCCGCCAAGUCGCCCCUGUCGCGAAUGUCGCCCGGCUACUUUGACGACUUCACCGAGCACGAUCCCUUCUACGAUCACGCUACUAACAAGUGGACCAACUUUUCGCAGCCACGACAGCCAGUGCCCACCGAGCACGUGCUGGGAACCAGCUCGGCAUACCCUCUGGGCUCGCUAGAGACCGGUGACGAGACCGAUUCUAUUGUGGACACAAAGUUCACCGAGAACAUCGAGCCCCAGUUUCACGACAGAAUGACUCGAAACACCAGACUCCUGCUAAACAGAAUUGUCAAGAGUCAGACCGGAAAGGGAAAGAAGAUGCAGUUCUGCGUGCUUGUGGCAACUGGAGACGGCAAGGGAAUGCUUGGAUUGGGCGAGGGUAAAGAUCCUCUGUCUUUCCCUGUGGCUCUCGAAAAGGCCAUGUGGAAGGCAACUCGAUCUAUGAAAAUGGUGCCCCGAUACCAGAACCGAACUAUCUACGGCGAGGUGUACAAGAAAUUCCACGCCGUGCAUCUGACCAUGCGGUCUGCUCCUGCUGGUCACGGUCUGCGAGUCAACCCCAUUGUGUCGCAGAUGUGCAGCAUGGUGGGUAUCACUGAUAUGACCUGUAACGUCUACGGCUCGCGAAAUCCCCUGAACGUGGCCAAGGCCGCCUUUGAGGCGCUCACCCAGGAGCAGGUCAUCCCCGACUCCAUUGCACAGAUCCGAGGCAAGAAGCUCGUUAACCUGAACGAGACCUACUUCGCCAAGUCGGAUUAA